AUGUUUGCCACAAAGCGCCUGAGCAAGAUGCAGGAACAUCUCCCGCCGGGAAUCGCAAUUGUCAAGUCAGACAACCUGGAAGAAUGGCAAAUGGACAUCAAGGUCCUCGACGAGAAUCCCCUUUAUUUAAACCAGACUUAUCGUCUGAAGUUCACCUUUAACAAUAAAUACCCAAUCGAGCCUCCGGAGGUCCAAUUCAUCGAAUCCCCAGCCUCAAGUGGUACUCCCCGCUCGAUCCCGAUGCACCCCCAUAUCUACAGCAAUGGUAUAAUCUGCCUCGAUCUCUUGGGCUCUGCCGGCUGGUCCCCAGUGCAGACAGUCGAGAGCGUUUGCAUGAGCCUGCAAAGCAUGCUGACCGCCAACACCCGUGACGAGCGCCCUGCCGGUGACAAGGAGUUCAUUGCCACAAACCGCCGCCGUAUCCGCGAUAUUAAAUUUGUCUAUGAGGAUGACGAUGUAUGA